GGCCGGCGGCAAUGGCGCGCGCGGGCGGCGGGAUGGGGAGCGCGGUGAACGUGGGCAUCGCGGUGCAGGCGGACUGGGAGAACCGCGAGUUCAUCUCCAACAUCUCCCUCAACGUCCGCCGCCUCUUCGACUUCCUCCUCCGAUUCGAAGCCACGACAAAGAGCAAGUUGGCGGCUUUGAACGAGAAGCUCGACAGCCUGGAGCGGAAGCUGGAGGUGCUGGAGGUCCAGGUGAGCAGCGCGACCACCAAUCCCUCCGUCUUCAACUAGCUCGAAGCAGGGACAAUAACAUAUGGAGGCAGCUGCUGAGCUUAGCUAGGGUUUCGGAGGAAAUAUUAUGUAUUCUAGCUUUGUGCUGUGUGUUUGUGUAUGUGCAGUCUCCAGUCUGUGUAUGUGUGUACUGGCGACUGCUUUGGCCGUCCAUGUAUUACAAUUGAUUGCUUUUCUGUGUGUAUAUGUGGUCAUUGCUUGA